AUGGAUGAUGUCAACUCCACUAUCGCGAUCUUACAGUUGAAUGUCCCAGGCGAUGUCCAUUUAAUCCUUCUCCACGUGGUAUAUGGGAUCGCUUUCAUAGCAGGGACCACCGGCAACUCACUGGUGAUUCUGGCCGUGCUUCUCUCUAAAAAGCUCCGAACGACCACCAACGCCUUCGUGGUGAAUCUGAGUGUGGCAGACCUGCUGACCUGUCUGAUGUUACCGGCUUACGCCAUUUACGUCCAAGCAUUACUUUUUGGGAUCGGUGACACGCUGGUCGGUUUUUGGGUUGGCAUCGUGACCAAGGUCAUUGAAUACACGACUCUUGGUUGCAGCAUCCUUACGUUGAUGUGUAUCGCCCUUAACCGCUGGCUGCUGAUCUCACGACCACUUACCACCUAUCUAAAGGUCUACACGCCGAAGAAGAUCGCCCUCUGGCUGGUGUUCACUUGGGUGAUGUCUUUUGUAGUCAUCAUUAUCCCACCUUUGGUGCCGGGUCAGAUUAUGCGCACAUUCAGAGUCGUGAUGGCAGUCGUAAUGUUUCCGGUCCCUUCAAUCGUCAUCAUCACCUGCUACGCUCUCAUCUGGAGGCGUAUCAACCGCCUGGUAAAGAGGAAGGCCGAUUCCGCCUCCACACAUGAGGUAUCCAACGAGCCCAUUACCCACAUCUCUACAGUGACACAACUCGAUGGCAUCGCGAGCCGCAGUGACAGCACCCGACCCCAAGCUAGCUCGAAAUCCGCAAAGAUGACUGGCAACUGCCAACUGAUUCGCCAUCAGACCCACGUAACUAAGAACAUGUUUUACGUGGUAUGUGCCUUCGUGCUGUGCGUGGGUCCAAGUGCCGUUAGCCUUAGCAUGGGUAUUUAUGACCGUGCCUCACUCGUCGGCGAGUAUGCAUUCGCAGUCCUACUCUUCAACAGUUGCAUCAACCCCUUGAUCUAUGCAACCAAGCACCGUGACUUUAAGACCGUCUUCCGCUGCAUCGUACGUCGCCAGUGGGACAACAUCCCAGAACCCUCGGAUUUUCUGAAUGCUGCGAGACGGAGCAAAUGCUGCGGUCGCAACAAUUCGUCCGUGUGA